GAAGAGGGAGCGCAGUAUUUCCCCCCCCUUGUUUCUUGUUUUUCUUUUUUCUUUUUGUUGUGGACUCCCAAGUCCACACGAGUGCUUCUUUCUUCUUCUACUCCUUGUUUUUGUUCCCUUUCCCCAACUUGUUCCCUGCACUCCCCAAUGCUCUCACUCUCAAACUAAUCAAGAAACAAACACUUACAAAAACAGAGAGAGUUUAGCUCUGUUCUCAAAUGCUCUGUUUUCAAAGCUCUUGAGAGAGAAACCCCAUAACCCACUUAGAAAAAUCAUUCCUUUCCUCACUUAACCUAUUUAAAUCCAGGUUUUGUAACAAACCCACAAAGGAAAAAGACCCAAAUUUGUUUCUCUUCGGAUUUUUGCUUAAUGGGUUUCUUCCCCCUCUGUCCUCCUCCAUUCUCUGGAGAUUUGAGUUCUUCGAUGGAGAUUUUGAAGGGAGAUCAAGGGCAUUAUGGAAAUGAGAAGAGUCAUAAGAGUGGGGAUCAAGAGAGAAGUAGAGAUCACGAGAGUGUUCUUCAAUCCAAGCUCUGUGCUAGAGGGCAUUGGAGGCCAGCUGAGGAUGCCAAGCUCAGAGAGCUUGUUGCUCAACAUGGACCUCAGAACUGGAAUCUCAUUGCUGAGAAACUUGAAGGAAGAUCAGGGAAGAGUUGUAGGCUGAGAUGGUUCAAUCAACUGGAUCCAAGAAUCAACAGGAAAGCAUUCAGUGAAGAGGAGGAGGAGAAGCUGCUUGCUGCUCACAGAGCUUAUGGCAACAAAUGGGCUUUGAUUGCUAGGCUUUUUCCAGGGAGAACAGAUAAUGCUGUGAAAAAUCACUGGCAUGUGAUAAUGGCAAGAAAGCAGAGAGAACAGGGCAGUGCCUGUAGAAGGAGGAAGCCAUCUCCACCGAAUAAUUCCUCUGGUUCCAACUCCCAAACUUUGAUCCCAAAAUGCGUUCAGUUGAAUAUAAGCAACAAUUCAAACAGUGGUGAUUCUACCAUCACUAGCAAUAGAGAUUUUCCCUUUGAUCUCUUCAUGGGUUCUCAAGAGAAGGUAGUGGCUGCAAACAAUGGGGGGCUUUUUGAGAAAACUGCGGAUUCUGAUUCUAAUUCUGAGGCUUCAGCAGCUGAAUCAGUGGCUUUUAACCACAUUGAGUAUGAGAGGGAGAAGAUUAGCUUGCCUUUCAUUGAUUUUCUAGGUGUGGGAGCAACAUGAAACAAAUUGCUUUAGAGUUGAUGAUGUACAGAGAUUAAAAGGGAAGAGAGGUGUUUGAUUAUCGAAAGAAUGAUGGAGUUCUAUUAAUGGGGGACUUCAGGCCUAUGUUUUCUCUGGUUCACUACUAAUGAAAUUUCUGAUGCCUGAUUUAGGGAUUCAAAGUUUCA